GAGCUUGCAGCAAGUUAUUUAAUUACUGUUUUGGAGAGCUGUAGAUUGCGGAGUCAUGUGUCUUUGUGUGAGUUUUGUCUGACCCGCUUGAUUUCCUGAUUUUUUUUUCUGACCUCCCAGUUGAAACCAUGCGUCUGUACAUUGCUGUUGUUCUUCUGUUGGCUGUUGUAGCUGCAGAGGGAAAAGCAGUCCCUUCUCUUCCAAAUUUUGGGAACAGUUAUCAUGUCAAAGGAGUGAUCUCUCUGCCCUAUGCUGAAAUCAAGGAGCCAUUCGAGGGCUGGCUAGACCUUGCGGCAAAGUCCAGCCGAAUAGACUACUACCAUGGCCAAGUGUCGACAUAUCAGUUGGGGGCGGAGCAGCAGUGGGGCGUGUCCUAUAAAAUCACUCCUGAGACCACAGAGGUGGAGCAGAAUGUGAUGAAGUGUUUCCAGGUGAACGGAACAAAGGAUGAGGCGGUCACGCCGCAGACGUCGCUGCCCGAUGUGCAGGGCUUCCAGUUCCUGAGGAUGGAGUACUAUGGAGGUUCCCUGUGUGAAGUCUGGCAGAACGUGACCACUGUGGGUAACAAGAAGAACACAUACACACUGUGGGUGACGCAUUCUGAGGGAAGUGCGGAUGGUAAAGAAGAUCCUGCCGUACCCCUCCAUUAUGAGAUGAUGGGAUACAACACGCUGCUCGGGUCACAUUAUGAUAAAUACUUGGUGGACUACAAAGAGUUCAGCCCUCAUGUGGACCCAAAGGUCUUCUUGCUGCCUGAAGGGAUGAGCUGUGGGGGAUUUCCCGGUCCAGGCGUGGAGCACCACAUGUUGGCCAAUCCCAUGAAAGAUCUCAUCCACACCUCGGCGUCGGGCCACUCGCAGCGCAUGUUCGACCAUUUCAAGGACAAAUUCCAGCGUCAGUACAGCGAUGAAAGAGAACAUCAGAAAAGGGAGCACGCUUUUAUUCAUAAUCUCCGGUAUGUCCACUCCAAGAACAGAGCAGGACUGUCCUUCACUCUGGCUCUGAACUCUCUGUCAGAUCGCACCAUGUCCGAGCUUGCCACCAUGAGGGGUAGGAAAAGAGGGAAGACCCCAAACAGAGGUCUCCCCUUCCCCUCACAGAUGUUCAAAGGGGUGCAAGUACCCGAGUCACUUGACUGGAGGCUUUAUGGCGCUGUGACACCAGUGAAGGACCAGGCCAUCUGCGGCUCCUGCUGGAGCUUCGCUACCACUGGAUCAGUAGAGGGCGCUCUCUUCCUAAAGACGGGCUCCCUGCAGGUUCUUUCUCAACAGAUGCUGGUGGACUGUUCCUGGGGUUUCGGCAAUAACGGCUGUGAUGGAGGGGAGGAGUGGAGAGCGUAUGAGUGGAUCAUGAAACACGGAGGCAUCGCCACAACAGAGACUUACGGAGCCUACAUGGGAAUGAAUGGAUUUUGCCAUUUGAACUCGUCUCAGCUGACAGCAAAGAUUCAAAGCUACACCAACGUCACAUCAGGUGAUGCAGAAGCCCUGAAACUGGCGCUCUAUAAAAACGGCCCGACGGCUGUCAGCAUCGAUGCUUCACAUCGAUCAUUUGUUUUCUACAGCCAUGGCGUCUACUAUGAACCUGCUUGUGGUAACACCACUGAUGAUUUGGAUCAUGCUGUGCUUGCAGUGGGAUACGGCACCCUGAACGGGGAGCCGUACUGGUUGGUAAAGAACUCAUGGUCCACCUACUGGGGCAACGAUGGCUACAUCCUCAUGUCUAUGAAGGAUAACAACUGUGGCGUCACCACUGAUGCUACAUAUGUUACACUGGCCUAGAUUAGCCCAUUUCUGCUUUAUAUGAAUCUACGUGUUAAUGCCACUGUGUGAGUGCCUGAGGAUGAAUGACUGGAUGUGUUUAGGUGUGGUUAUCGCAUCAAACCAAGCUGCUUGCUGAUAAUAAUGUGUUGUAUGUUCCAGUUGAAUGAACAUAAUGAAUUGAGAGGCCGCACAGAAGGCGUUUGUUUUCAGACAUGGUUGGAACAGGUUUAUUGCUGGUGGGUCACAGCUACAGUGCCUUCAUUUCAGUUUUUACAAAGUUGUUUUUGUGACACAUUUUCACUUGUUCUUCAGUGUUGUGAUUUGUUGCAUUAAAAUGCACUGAGCCGGAAUCAAAAACAAUAAAGAAAAUUGGAAAGUUGCCCAUUA